AUGUCGACCACCACGACGAAUCUGAGCCCCGGCAUCCACCUCAUCGGCGCAACCACGCCAGAAAUCUCGACGAUAGUGUCCAGCGUAGUCCACCUUCACGCAACAUGCAUCCUGAACGACUACACCCUCGCCACGUUUCUCCCACCGCUCUCCUACGACCUUAUGACUAGUUGGUGGCGGCAGCGAUUUGACGAAGUCACGACGGGAGCAAGACACAUCGUCAUCCAAGUCAGCGAGGUCUCGGAGCGCAGCAGCAUGGACCUCGCGGCGCCUUGGGCCAGUGAAGGUCGCGGGUGGCCCCUCCUGGAGAACGGACUUGAGGUUUCAGGCGUCGUGACCCUGUCUACGCCAUUCAGCCAGACGGGCCCGUUCAGAGCCGUUGUCCAGAAACUGUUCGUCUCGCCACUGCAUCGCCAACGCGGCAUAGCGAAACGGAUGCUGGUCAAGCUGGAAGAUGUUGCCCUGGCCCAUGACCGAUGGAAUCUCAUGCUCGACACUUCGGUGGGAAGCGAAGCGGACAAAGUCUAUCCCAGGCUGGGCUAUGAAAGGUUGGGCAUCGUCAGGGAGUACGGAAUUAGUCCGAAAGAUGGACGGCCGGUGGAUGAAGUUUGGUACUGGAAGGAUUUGAGAAAACAUCGCAUACAGGAGCGGUAG